GACUAAACACACCAUACGAUUUCUCAUUGCGGGAGCGGCGAUAUUUGUGAAAAAUUAUUUAGGAUUCGCUAUCGUUAAGUAUUAAAAAAUUACUAAGCUAUGAAAGUAGUUUAAGUAAAUUUCAUAUAUAUCGGUCGUGCUCUCUAAUGGAAUUGUGAAAAAACAUACAUAUAUUGAGAAGGUGAAUAAAAAAAAUAACGGGGACAAAACGGUAGUAACGUACGAGUAUAAACUAAAACUAAGGUGUUGGUGCAGUCGAAGUUUACACCGAUCUUGACGACAGUCAUCAAAGUCAGCGUAUCGCAGCAAAGAGUUGGCGCUACUUAAGCACACGUACAAGGUUUUUUCUGUGUGAUGUUAAAAAGUCAAUAACCAGUGACCACCAAGUGUGAAUUGACAGCGGUUGUUGGCAGGCCAAAUCGAGAUUGAUUUGAAUAGAUUCGAGAGACGGAUGCAAGUUUCCAAUUGACAAUAUCAAUGUGCUGAUACAUACCAAAUAUUAAGAAAUCAGUGUACAUACUGUCUGAAAGUAUUAAAAACAUCCAUAAUACUUUUGUCAAAAUUUCACCGCCAAACGAAAAGGGAAAGUGGAGGCGAAGUUGAAGUUGUAAGAAUUGCAUUCACGCGUAUUGGUCAUUUGUUUUGAGGUUAUAACAUGAUUUUACUGGAAAUCAAUAACCGCAUCGUCGAAGAGACACUUCUGGUCAAAUUUCGUAAUGCUUUAGCUGGAGCGAAAGCGGAGUCUAUUGAUGUUCGAAUUGCUGACUUUGAUGGUGUGCUAUUUCACAUUUCAAAUGUUAAUGGCGAUAAGACUAAAGUUAGGACAAGCAUUUCGCUAAAGUUCUACAAGCAAUUACAAGAGCAUGGUGCUGACGAAUUGCUGAAGCGUGAAUAUGGCGGCUUAUUAACAGAAACUGAAGAUGGUUACAACGUUUCAGUACUUAUUGACCUAGAAAAUAUACCUGCUGACUGGGAGGCAGUUGCUAAAAAAAUUGGUCUGUUGAAGCGUAAUUGCUUUGCAUCUGUUUUCGAAAAAUAUUUCGAUUUUCAAGAACAGGGUGAAGAGGGCCAAAAGCGUGCUGUAAUUAAUUACCGAAACGACGAAACUCUUUAUGUUGAGGCAAAGUCUGAUCGUGUAACUGUCGUAUUUAGUACGAUUUUUCGUGAUGAGGACGACGUGAUUAUUGGUAAAGUGUUCAUGCAGGAAUUGAGAGAAGGUCGCCGUGCAUCACAUACAGCUCCACAAGUAUUGUUCUCACAUCGUGAACCACCGUUGGAAUUGGCAAAAACGGAUGCAAGAGUUGGCGAUAACAUUGGAUACGUUACUUUCGUGUUGUUCCCUCGACAUACUAAUAAGGAAACCAGGGAUAACACCAUUAAUCUAAUACACAUGUUCCGAGAUUAUUUACAUUAUCAUAUUAAGUGUUCAAAAGCGUACAUUCAUUCUAGAAUGCGCGCAAAAACGUCCGACUUCCUGAAAGUGCUUAAUCGUGCUAGACCGGAGACUAAGAAUACGGAAAAGAAAACAAUUACGGGGAGAACAUUUAUUCGCAAGGAAUGAUUUACCGAAAAUGUCUAGUUGUUUUAUAUUUAUAUAAUAAUUAUAACUUCAUGAAAGAAGUUGUAUUAAAAGCCGUGAAAUUAAAAAAAAAACAUAAUAAAUGAAUUUUGCGCGAUUUAAAACAUGACAGGAAUAUAUUCUGUCGGCAUAUAUAAAACAAAAAAUGCUAAGGGUAUUAAAAACUAAAGGUUAAAUUAAUCAACUAAAACACCACAAUACAAGAAAUAAUUCCUCGAUACAUAAUAGGAUUAAUAAUUUGGUAAAAGCCCUAAUGAAAUUAAACUAAAUAUGUACAAUUAAGUUCCAAACCGGAGUAAACGUGUUAUGUAAUGACGCUGUAUAAAAGCGGAAUAAGUAAAAAAUAAUUAAACAGAAAUUAAAUUUGAAAAUACAUACUAGAUAAUGUGAACUAUGAAAUAACACAGCUUCGUCAGUAUACAACGCUGCCGAUUAAAGAAUUUGAUAUAGAAUCCAAAAAUAAUAAAACAAUUGCAAUAUUGAUAAUCAAAA